AUGGCCGCCGCUAAAGGGACUAUCAUCGUCACAGGGGCAAACGGUGGGCUCGGAAGCGCCAUAGCACAGCAAAUCGCCUCCAAGCCCGAAUUCUCCGCCUACCAUGGGCUUUACACCGUCCGCGAUUUGACGCGCGCAGACGCUCUUACUCCGGCCGUUGCUAUUGGCCCGGCACACCGGCAUGAUGUUGUAGCUCUUGAUUUGACGAAGCUUGACGACGUUCGUCAAGUAGCAGAGGUCAUUAACGCUCGCGUUUCCGCAGGUCAGCUCCCACCUAUCCGCGCUCUCAUCCUCAACGCUGGCUUUCAGGACUUUGGUAAGCAGUCAUGGACGGACGAUGGCCUCGACACCACCUUUGCGGCAAACUAUCUCGGCCACUGGCUGCUCACCCUUCUUUUGCUUAAGAGCGUAGACAAAGAGGAUGGGCGGAUCAUCGUGAUUGGAAGCCAGAGUCAUGACCCCAAUGACCCUCGAAACGUUCGUAGUAAAGCCUUCGAGGACCCCAAAUACAAAACAAUCAUCUCCGACGCUGCAAGCUUCGAGGCAAUCGCCAAAGGAACUUGGAGCCCUGCCACCGAAGACGCAUCCUUUCGGGGCGGGUUCCGACGGUACGGCGCCGCGAAACUCUUCCUCAUCAUGAUGCAGCAUGAAUUGCAAGCGCGGCUAGACUCCGACCCUACGCUAAACAAGAUCUGCGUGCUCGGCGUCGACCCGGGGACCAUGAUCAGCGGCCUGCAGAGACUUGCGAACUGGGUAAUCCGCGUGCUCAUCUUCCAGAUCAUAUACCCGCUUAUCCUGUACUGGAACCCGAACGGACCGGUAAGGCCACCGAGCCGCUCUGCAGGUGAUGUCUUGGAGGCGGCAUUUGGGGUGGUAGGUGAGGGAGGGAACCCGCCGAGGGAUGGAUAUUUUGAUGGGAGGGUGCCGUUGGAGACGAGCGAGGAGUCGAGGGAUGUGGUGAAGAGGGGGUUGGUGUGGAAGGAGACGGUGAGAUUAGCGGGUUUGGAAGAGGGUGAGACGGUUCUUGUUAAUUGGCGGUAG